ACACAGCCGAAAGUCCCUGAAGCUGCUGGGAGUCGCGGGCGAGCCCAUCGGUCCGGAUGCCUGGUUCUGGUACCACCACGUGGUCGGCGAGUGUCGCUGCAUGGUACUGGACACGUACUGGCAAACGGAGACGGGUGGACAAAUGAUCACUCCUCUGCCAGGCUGCACACCUCUGAAGCCGGGAGCAGCGACACUGCCAUUUUUUGGCGUGGCGCCAGCCAUUCUCGACCAGGAUGGCAAAGAGAUCAAGGGCCCGGGAGAAGGCUACCUGGUUGUCAAGAAACCGUGGCCUGGAAUGAUGCGGACCCUGUACAAAGAUCACGACCGCUUUCAGAAGAGCUACUUCACAAAGUUUCCCGGAUACUACUUCACUGGCGACGGUGCUCGCCGAGACGAAGACGGCUACUACUGGAUCACGGGUCGCGUGGACGACAUGCUGAACGUGUCGGGCCACCUCAUCUCGACGGCGCAGGUUGAGGCGGCGCUGCUCGCCGUGCACGACCUCGCCGAGGCAGCAGCGGUGCCCCGGCCUCACAAGGUCAAAGGACAGUGCCUCUACUGCUACGUCGUCCUCAAGAACGGUAAACACUUCUCUGAGGAUCUCAAGACUCGGCUCAAGCAAAGUGUGCGCUCCAAGAUCGGCGCCUUCGCGGACCCGGAGUACAUCCACUGUGUGGAGCGGCUACCCAAGACCCGGUCGGGCAAGGUGAUGCGCCGGAUACUGCGCAAGAUCGCCUGCAACGAGCUCGAGUUUGGCGACGUGAGCGCGCUCAGUGAGCAGGACGUCAUCUCCGAGCUUCUCCAGUCCAAGUGCUUCAUCCAGAACGGGCACUGAAGCCGCCGCGAUCGCCAGCGGACACACCCCGCUUUCGAUUUUCCGAAGCUUUCUCUGUCGCAAGCUGUUUUCAGUCCUCGGGGCAGGGCUGUUCACCUCUUUACCCUAACAGACUCGUUCAUUUAGUCGGUCCGUGACUAAAGAAAGCAAACGCAAUAGCGAGAAGGGGACUGUCACGUAUCCUCCCGUCAUUAAAGGGACCCU